AAAGCCAUACGUUCUCUCUCUCUCUCUCGCUCUCCAGAGUUCUGCUGUGACGCUUGUGUGUUACUUCUAUUUAAAUCAACAGUUGUACAGAGAGGAACAAUCACCCCUUCAACAGUCAUGUCGAAACGGAGUGGCAGAUUAGUUCGAUGGAUGUUGUGGGUCGUGGCUGUGAUAGCUUUGUUUUUUCUGGGAUUUAUCGCAGGUUGGCUUGCAAAGCGUGCACAGCCUAACAAGGUAAACAGUGCCUCCAGUCAGUAUUUGUGGGAGUUCCUUGAAGAAAUGCAGCCUAGCCAGAUAAAAGAGCAUCUCAGGAAAUUUACACGCCUCCCCCAUCUGGCGGGUACAGAGCAGAAUUUGAAGUAUGCAGAGCAGAUUCAGAAGGAGUGGCAGGAGUUUGGGCUGGACUCUGUAGAGAUGGUGCCGUAUGAUGUCCUGCUGUCCUACCCCAACGCAUCGCAGCCCAAUUACAUUGCAGUAGUUGACGGAAGCGGUCAUGAGAUUUUUACCACAUCCUUGGCUGAGCCCGUCCCCGAGGGUUAUGAAGACAUUGCCAACAUUGUCCCUCCAUACAGCGCCUUCUCUGCUAAAGGACAACCUGAGGGCGAUCUGGUGUAUGUCAACUACGGCCGCACUGAAGACUUCUUCCAGUUGGAGAGGCAGAUGGGAAUCAAUGUGACUGGCAAGAUUGUCAUUGUCAGAUAUGGGAAAAUAUUUCGAGGCAAUAAGGUGAAGAAUGCCAUGUUAGCCGGCGCAAAAGGGAUUAUUUUGUUCUCUGAUCCAGCAGAUUACUGUGCUGAAGGAGUCAAGCCAUACCCCGAAGGAUGGAACCUGCCGGGUGGUGGAGCUCAGAGAGGAAACGUUAUGAAUUUGAAUGGAGCAGGAGAUGCGCUCACCCCCGGAUACCCAGCUAAAGAAUACACCUACAGAUCCCGUCCUGAAGACGGAGUGGGAAUUCCCAGCAUUCCUGUGCAUCCGAUUGGCUACCAUGAUGCAUUCCACCUCCUUAAGAACAUGGGAGGACCAAAUUCACCAAACACCUGGAAAGGUGCCUUGAACGUCUCCUACAGGAUUGGUCCAGGUUUCACGGAUGACUUAAAGAACCAGUCAGUGCGCAUGAACAUUUAUACCAACAUGCAAGUGACCAGGAUCUACAACGUCAUUGGAAGGAUUAGAGGCGCUCUAGAGCCAGACAGGUAUGUGAUUCUUGGCGGACACCGGGAUGCAUGGGUUUUUGGCGGAAUUGAUCCCAUGUCGGGAGCUGCUGUGGUCCACGAAAUUGUUCGCAGCGCUGGCAGGUUUCUCAGUAAAGGCUGGAGGCCGAGAAGAACAAUAAUAUUUGCCAGCUGGGAUGCAGAGGAAUUUGGACUGCUGGGCUCCACAGAAUGGGCAGAGGACAAUGCCAAGCUGCUUCAGGAGAGAGCUGUGGCCUACAUCAAUGCAGACUCUGGCAUAGAGGGUAUGUUUACACUGAGGGUUGACUGCACUCCAUCUUUACACACACUCGUGUACGACCUCACCAAGCAGCUAGCCAGUCCAGAGAUAGAAGAGGAAGGAGUUUCUCUGUAUGAAAGUUGGCAUAAGAAAGACAACUGGACGAACGACCGUGACGCACCCAGGAUCAGCAAACUGGGCUCAGGAAGUGAUUUUGAAGCCUAUUUUGUCCGUCUCGGAAUUGCAGCAGGCAGAGCAAGAUACACCAAGAACUGGAAAACAGAGCGAUACAGCAGUUAUCCCGUCUAUCACACCGUGUAUGAAACCUUCGAGGUCGUGGAGAAGUUUUACGACCCUACCUUCAGGAGACUUCGCACUGUGGCCCAAGUGAGAGGGGGCCUCAUUUUCCUCCUGGCGGAUUCACAGAUCAUCCCCCUUGAUGCCAACCAAUACGCCCUCUCUCUCCAAAAGUAUGCACGCAGCAUCGCAGCCUUAGGACAGGGGCACCUGGAGGAGAUGCAGAAGUACAAGGUGUCGUUUGACUCCUUGUUUUCAGCUGUGGAAAACUUCACAGUUGCUGCGAGGGAGUUUCAUGAGCGCCUGCAAAACAUAAACACAGCAGAUCCCCUGCAGGUACGUGCAAUGAAUGAUCAGCUCAUGUAUCUUGAGAGGGCCUUUAUAGACCCCCUGGGAUUACCUGGCCGACCCUUCUACAGGCAUGUCAUAUUUGCUCCAAGCAGCCAUAAUAAAUACGCAGGGGAGUCAUUCCCUGGGAUUUACGACGCACUGUUCGACAUAGAGCGCUCGGCCGACCAGGAGCAGGCCUGGAACGAAGUCAAGCGACAAAUCAGCAUAGCGGCAUUCACUGUCCACGCUGCUGCCAUGACGCUUGCGCCGCCUGCAUGACGCACCUAUCAGCACAUCUUCUGGAAUCAUGGGAUUAAAUGAGAGGUUAUUUCAAGACGGAAUCAACACCCGAUGUAUGGAGAAGACGAACGCUCUACUAUAUGACAAGUUUGGGUGGAAAAUUCCUGCAAUUUGGGUCACCACUUGUCAUUGAGGGGUAAUGGUGGGGGCCGCAGCCGAACCAGUUGAGAAGCACUCAUAUAGACAAUCACUCAU